ACCACGUUCUCAUAUCUAAAAUUUUCGUCACCUGAAGUCCAUUGGCACAACCCUUCUUCAAGUGGUUGCACUUCAAUCUUCCUCUCUCUCUCUCUCUCUCUUCCAAUUUGUGAUUUUUCUCAAGCAAAUGAGCAGGCCUGGAGAUUGGAACUGCCAGUCGUGCCACCACCUGAACUUCCAACGGCGAGACUUGUGCCAGAGAUGCGGAGAACCACGCCCCAGUAGUUUAGGCGGAGGAAGGAGCAACUCGUCUUUCCGGUCUGGCGCUGCCGUGGAUGUGAAGCUUGGUGAUUGGUAUUGCGGCGUCGGGGGUUGUGGAGCGCACAAUUUUGCUAGCCGCUUGAGCUGCUUCAAGUGCGGCAUGGCAAAGGAUGAAUCACCAACCGGCGGUGGGUAUGAUGGCGACAUGCCUCGGAUGCGAGGUUUCGGGUACGGCAGCGGUAGUAGCGCGAGUCGGCCCGGGUGGAAGCCUGGCGAUUGGAUAUGUGGGAGGCCGGGGUGCAACGAGCACAACUUUGCGAGCAGGACAGAAUGUUUCAGAUGCAAUGCACCAAGAGAAUCUGGUGGAAAUUCUUGCUCUUCUUCGUAGCCUCAUUCGACUUGAUUAAGGAAAAUCUCUUGAAGACCGAUCGAGCCAUGGCUAGUUUUUUGGGCCUUUAACUCCAAAAUUUUUCGUUUCGCAUAAGAUGUUCGGAGAAAUUAUUGGAGAUGAUGACUCAAAUGAAAGGAGGACAAAUAGUUGCGAGGGUUUUGGAGUUUGUUUAAGUUCUUGCUCAUACUUUGUUUAUUGUGCCUUUGACAUAUUAUAAAGCUCCUAAUAAGCGACAGGAUAUAGUUUGUUUUUUUUUGGUCGAAGACAGGAUAUAGUUUACCGGCCUCUUUUUACCCAAUGAAAGUGCCCAUUGUUCUCGGUUUUGCCCCU